AUGAAAAGAGCGGUUCUCGAGCUGUUGAGCGUCAGACACGACGUGGAGCUGUGCUAUGAGGCCUCGGCUGUGUUGGAAGUGGUCAGUAUUCUGGUCAUCCAGGAGACUAGCAAUAUUGUGAAGAAAACCCUGGAGUUGAUGGAAGAAGGAAAUUUCUCAUUCUAUGUGCCUUCGGCCAACUUCGAAGACAGUUCGACAUGCAGUACGCUUCAGGAGGCACAAGAGCGCAAGGAAGAUGGGAGACAGGGGGACAGAGCAGAUUGA